AUGUCAUCUCUCAACACAUCUAUGCUUCCUGAUCUUAAACCUAAAUCUCCACGAAGAUUCUUUACCUUCUCCCCCCAUUCCCAUUCUCCACCUCCUCUGCCUAAACAUUCCCCUUCAACCGGUUUCCACACUCCUACUUCUUCCACAUCAUCCAAUGCUGUCCCUCCAUCCAUGGAGAAAAAGGGUAAUUUCCUCGGUGGUGGAGCCCAAGUGGUACGAACCCCAAGUGAAGCUAGAAGAGGAAUGAGAAAAGAUCAUUUACCUUCUUCUCAAAUCGCUUCACAAAUGCAAAACCAAAAUCGAAGUCUUUCUCAAAACCAACCUCAAAACCAAAACCAAAGUUCCAACUCUACCAAUUUCAGUACACUUCGUCUUAAUCCUCUCCCUUCUCUUAGAAGACUUUCUAGAGCUCCAACACAAGUUCAAACCAACAUUUCCCGUUCUCCCGCUCAUUUACAAACCAGUAUACCUGAUUCCAACUUAGAUUUCAUCCCUGUCCCCCCUGUACCCGCCACGGCACCUUUACGUACCCGACCUAGUCAACCAUCUUUAUCUUCAAGAGGAAAAGUGAUGGAUAAAAGAAUGUCACAUAAACCUUCUUUAGAUUUUCAUCCUUCUUAUUCACAAGAUAUAUAUGGAAAAGAUACAAGAAGGAUAUCUAGAAGACCUUCAGAAGAUUUAAACAUGCCAAAACAUUUAGUAAUACCAUUACCUACACCUUCAACACCAUUAACAAGUUUCACCCAAUCAACUUCUACAACAGAAACCAGUACUCCUUCAGCAAAUCGAUUUUCAGGUCAUCAUCAAACUUCAACAAAUCCUUAUUAUCUCUCUCCCUCGAAUAUCAAAACGGGAGGGAUAACAAUUUCCUCAAACUCAAAAUCAGACGAUUAUACUCAAAUGUAUAAUCUAACAAAUGAUAAUCAUUGGACAGAAACGAAUUUAAGAAGAGAAAAAACAUAUACUGAAAAAUCAGAAAAACGUAGAACGAUAGAUACGAAACGAUUAACUUCUUUAGGUGAACCACUUCCACCACCUAGAGGACCAUUACCUUGUACACCAAAUUCUUUUUCUGCUAUUUUAUCAUCUAAAUCAACACGUCCUUCACCAAACACACAAAACCAAAUAUUGAUCAUGAUGGAUUUUUCAUAUUCAUUAGAUUCACCACCAAAAAACGAAAGUGUCGUUAUACCUCUUGAUAUCCUCAGAAGAGGUGGAGGUUAUUUGGUCGAAUGGAUAGAUGGGAUGUUGAAUGAUCAAGAAGAGGAAAAACCUGGUAUGACAGAUGGAAGUAGUGCAGAGGAUACAGAAUUGGAAAGUGAAGAAGAAAAUGAAUUAGAUGCUUUGUUAAGAGACGAAUAUUUUCGAUCACUUUACAUUGCUUCUCCAACAGAAGUAUCACCUCCAUCUCCAGCACCUCCUCCAGUCCCAUCAUUACCUUCUUCCAUCACAUAUCCCAAACCAUCCACUUAUAUAUCUCAAACCAACAAUCAUAUCUCUACUCGUCAAAUACCCACGGAUAAUCAUUCGACAUAUCAAUCUUCGAGAGCACCAAAUUCUAGAGCUCCAACACCUCCACCACGUAGAGCAGCUUUUAGGAAUCAAUAUACUCAACAAGCGAAAUUCCCUUCUCCUUCAUCUUCUUACACUUUGACAUUACCCGGAUCAAUUCAACAACGUAGGAUUCAAGCUCCACGUGAUCCUCUACGUCUUCAAGGUCCAUUAGGUACAAUAAUCGAAUUGAGGAUAUUAUUAUUACGUGAUGCGAGUUGUUAUCAUGCUAUAGCUCAUAGAUUGUUAGUAGGUCGAUUCCCACCUUUGGGAGAAAAGAGGAGAAGGGUAGAGGAAGAAUGUGAUUGGUUAGGUAUGAAAUUAGGUGAAGAGUUGAGUAGAGGGAAAAGUAUGGUUUUUAAAGGUGGAAAUGGGUUUAUUUGA